AUGACAAGCCACUCCAACGAGAGCUGCCAGCUGGAUCUGGCCCGGCUAGACGUUGUCGCAGUACGCACCCGCGAUUCCCGUCGCUUCAAUGGGCCCAAGGCAUGCGAGUGUCGCCAAGCCAUGUCAUAUUUUCUUCACCAAGAUGACAGUGGUCUUUUGACAGACGAAGUUGACGAUGCCAAAUUUUUCAGCUGGUUAAAGGCAGAAGCGGGCUACUACUCAAUACACGAUGCCCUGGCCCUCCAGACACGUCGAGGCUCGCUUGAUAUGACUGGCAUCUGCAGCCCCAUCGAUCUUUUUGCCAUCGUGGACAAUAUACGACGUGACGAGGCUUCAAGGCCUGCUGAUGGCAAAACCAUCUUCUUCCUCAUUUACGAGUUUGCAACAGCGAAUAUUCCUCGGCCCGACGGCUGCACCCCUGAGGAGGCUGUUCUUGACUUGAUGGAUGAGGACAUGGAUUCACAUCUUUGUCGCGGUAUAUCACCACAUAACCGCGUCGAAGCAAACCUGGUCUGCUCUUCCGAGUCACGAAAAUCUCUUUGUCAAACUCCUUUGUCACCAUGUUCAUCCACUACGUCAGUAUCAUCAGAAGGCGUCACUUCAUCCACUUCUGCCUCGUCCCGGACAAUGUCAGCUAGUAGCUCACCACCCAAGGCGACUCCGAGACAUCCAUCGGUAGCGCGUGGGGGUAAAAGGUUACACAUCCCAUCUGCCACAGGAAUAGCAGGCAUUUUGGCUCGGCUGAGCCAGCCGACGGCAAGCAGCAGCGCCAAAUCGAAUGUUCCGAGCGGCCGCGUACUCAACCUCAAACCCAGGACCAAGCCCAUGGCUGUUAGCGCUCCCAAUGUGGUAGUGAAGUCACGCCCAGCCGACAGGAUAGAGGUCGACGCGGAGUAUUCUGCCAUGGACGAAACUAAUAUUGAUGCGACCCUCGGCAGCUACAAUAACGAUGGAAGCGAUGAUGCGUGGCAGCAAUGCUUGGAUCUCUUUUGCAUCGAUCCGGUUGAAUACGCAAACCGCGAGGCCCGCGAUAUGCAGGCCUCCAAGACUGGUCAUUUGCCCGUCAAGAAACUGCAUGGAUUCAGAGGAGGACUGUUUGACUAUCAAAUGUCCGCAGUGUUCCAGAUGGUGUGUCUGCUGCGCAAGGGCUUGCGAGGUGGCUUCCUCGCCGACGAGAUGGGACUUGGGAAGAGCAUUGAGAUGUUGGGCAUUCAGUCAGUAAUGUUUUCUCUGAGGAGCAUGGCCGAGGAUAUUCACGUGAACCGCGGCAAGCAUUCUUUCUCUGGACCUGCAUGCAAAGCAGAGGGGCGGUACAUGAUCCGGUGCCCUUGCUAUCACUCCCUCUCGCGCGAGCUGGCUGACCUGAUUUCCGAUGGGCCCACCGUCAUUAUCGCACCAGCUAGCACCAGCGAGCAGAUGUUCCAGAUGACCAAGCAGAGACUCGACCCCAAGGUAUUUGAAGUCCGUCUAAUUGGCGCUUCUAUUGGAGCCGAUGGAGCUCUGUCGGCCACCGACAUGCGUGCGCUGGCUUGGAAGCCCGUGGAGCACCCAAUCGCCAGCGAGCCCGACUUUCGCAACGGCCUCUUUAGCCAGAACAAGUUUGUCAUUGUAUGCCCCGACUCUAGAGCCAAGGAAUUGCACAAGAUCAUGCCAGGUGCGGUAUAUAUGGACGAGUUCCAUCAAUACACCCAGGCUGGUAGGCCUAUCGAUCGCUGGCUGAAGGCGGUUCAGAGCUGGGCAGCCCCCGAAGGUGGACCCCCUCCCUUCUAUUUCGUCGGUGGGACGCCCAUCGAAAACUCGCCAGCCGAUAUUCGACCCCAGCUGGAACGGCUUGAACAGCCUUCGUGGAGUGAAGGUCGAAUGAAGGUAGCCACGGUGAGUGCCCUCGAUUCUGUCAUUGCGCGUUACAACGAACUACAACAGAUGCAGAAAGAUGGCCUUUGCAUCUUUCCCCGUGAUAUACGCAACUACCAUGUUCAGCUCAACGAAAUCCUCCGCCAGGUUAUGGUACGCCGCUUGGCGACCGACUCGUUCCGCGGCCGCAUUCUCGCUCUGAAGCCAAUGCGCGUCAACAUCCAUCAGGUUCCGGUACUACGUGGCGCUCAAGAACUUCUCGAGGCAUGUUCUACUGCCACUCGCUCACUAGCAACCGAACAGACUGGUAGUGAGGAGGAGCAGCUCAUAAGUCAACAUUUGGACAGCGACUCGGGGGAGGAGGUGCUUGAAAGGUUAAGAUUGGCCAGUUUCUUCCCCCAAACGGUCAAGAUUUUCAAGGGCAAGGCUGCUUGCUCCUUCUUGGAGAAGGACAUUGUCAAGUAUAUGCAAGUCUGCAAAGGAAGCAUCGAAAAGUCAAAGUACUGGGAGAGAGUCGAAGAGUUUACUGCCAACAGCGCCAAAUUGGACACGCUCAAGAAACUGAUCCAUGCGAUGCUCGACGACAAGACACGGAUCCCGAACGAGCACUUUCGGGCCAAGAAAAUGUGCAUCAUUACCCCUACUGAAGGUGAAGCGUUGCUUAUCUUUGCAUACCUGCGAAAGACGCGAGAUUCCUGGACGACGGGUGUCAAACCCAAGCCCCUCUGGCUGCAUAGCGGCAUGCCCAGUAGCGAGGCCGCCGAGGUAGUCCGCGCCUUUAAACAAAAGGGUAACGCGACAUCCAACAUACUGGUGGCGCCUCUCUCGCGCGCCGGGACAGGGCUUGACCUACCGCAAGCCAACUAUCUCGUCUUGACGGGGCUGGGCUGGCGCAAGCGCGACAACAAGCAGGCCUUUUACCGCAUCCACCGCGCAGGCCAGACACUGGAGACUCACUUGCAUCUCCUCGUCAGCCGUGGCAACCCGGCCGAACGGCGCAUCUGGGCACGCCAUUCUGGGGGCCAGAUAUCCAGGGAGACAGCCUGGAAGGUUUUCGCCGAAAACGAUACCAUCCCCCAAGAUGAGCUGCCGGAUGCCGUGAGGGAUGCAGUGGGCAACGUGGUCUCUGAAAGGUCUACCCAAUUUGUCUGA